AUGGCCAGCGACGCGAGGAUGGGGGAGAGCCCGGCGCGGUGGAGAAGAGCCCCGGAGGCGGCGCAGGACUCCCGGGGCACGGAGAGCAGCGCGAUGCUUUUAUCCCGGAGCGCCGCUGCCGAGCUGGGACUCCCGAGCUACCCGGAGCCCGGCAAGCUGAGCUACCCCGUGGAGAAAGGAUGUCCCUGUCCCUGGAGGGGCUCCGAGGGAUGUUUGGGACCCGGCCGGGAGCUCGCCGGGGGCCGCCUGGGCUGCCCCUACCCCAGGGGCCCCAAGGACGGAGCGGAGCUGCCCCCGCUGCUGCCGCCCCGGAACGGGCAGCCCAAAGGGGGCUGGGGGGAGCCCUGCAAGGAGCCCCCGGGGCCGCGCUGGGCCGAGGCCGUGCUGGCCCCGCUGGCCCUUUACAGCCACGCGUACCAGCGCUACCCCCUGGCCGUGCCCGGCGCCGCCGGCAAACCCCGGGACGCGGCCGGAGAGCCCCCGGCCUCCUUCCAGCACUGCCCCUUCCUCCUGGAGGCCAAGCACAGCCCCUUCCUCCUGUCCUCGCUGCUGCCCAGCGCGCCCCCGGCCGAGCCCCCGUUCGGGGCCGCGGGGCCCGAGGGGCCGGGGCCGGUGCGGGACGGGCGCUUCGCCGGCCCCGAGUGGAGUUUGGGCUCCUACGGGCCCGCCUGGGGCCAGCCCCUCUACCUGGGGGUCCCGCCGAGGUGCAAGGCGGCUCUGCCCCCCUUCGACGGCUGCUCCAGCUCAGGGAACAAGGAGUUUUACGCCAAGAAAGGCCCCGGGUUCCUCCCCUCGAGCAAGAACCACGCGGCGCCGCAGCUGCUGGGCAGGAGCCAAGCAGGGCAGGAGCGAGCCGGGCAGGGGGAGCCGGCGGUGCCGGAGCUGCCGGGAGCCCCGUGGAGGGAUGGCCGGGCGGGGGUGCCCGCUCCCCAUCCCCGCACGCCUCCCCCCGGCUGCAGCCGCCCCCUGUUCCUCCUGCAGCCCGGCCCGGGGGGCUCCGGGGGGCCCUGGGUGGGCUCACGGCCCCACGGCGCCGAUUUUUCCACGGACGCGGGGCCGGGACGACCCUCGGAGCCCAAAGAUGAGCGCCUGGGCUACCGGAGCGCCCAGCCCCGCUCGCCCCCGCCAUGCGGGGACCCCAAUCCGUCCCCUCUGCUGGCGGACGGGCACUACCCAGCGGCUGUGGCCAAGCCGGAGCCCCCGCCGGGCUGUCUGUGCCCCAGCCCGGGCUGCGAUGGCUGCUCGGGGGUGCCCAACCCCUUCGAGCCCCCCGUGGCCGUGGCCGGGGGGCGUUUUCCGUGCCCCCCCAGCAACCACACCAAGCUGAAGAAGACGUGGCUGACGCGGCACUCGGAGCAGUCGCUGCCUCGCUCCAAAGCUCCUCGGCGGGACGGGGGUCCCGAGCCCCCCGGGGAGGGCAAGCGCUCGGCCAAACGCCCCCACGGCACCGCCGAGGGUCCCCGCCCUGCUGGCGAGGGCGCCGGGGCGGCCAAAAGGGGCACCAAGGCCACGGAGAGCGCGGGGGACGCCGAGGAGAGGAGGAUGGAGCUGGGAGGGGAAGAGCCGCCGAGCCGGUGGUGCCUGCAGAGCCUGCCCUGCACGGCGCUGCCCCCCAGCAUCCCCCGCUGCUGUGCCUGCGCCCCCCGCGCCGGCCGCGACCCCGAGGCCGAGGAGGAGGAGGAUGAGGAGGAGGAGGAGGAGCCCCCCGAGAGCAGCUGCAGGCUGCUGCACUUCCGCAGGUUGGCCCUUGGGGACAGCGGCGAGCUGAGCGUCGAUGGCCUCUGCAGCCUGGGGGAGGCCCAGGGGGACGUGGCCAACCCUGAUCCGGGUCUCAGGAAUUUGGGGAGCAGGAAUGUGGGGAGCAGGAGCGUGGGGAGCGGCCUCUGCCUGGCCAAGUACCUGCUGGGGGUCCUGGGGGACCCUUUCUGUGCCGCCGUGCGCAGGGACAGGGACACGUGGCCAGGAGGGCCCGAGGGGGUGACGGGCUGGAGGCGGGGGGAAGGAGCCCCCCAGCUCUGUGACUCCUGCCAGCGUGGCUUCUUCAACUCCCACUGGAGCUGCGCCAGAUGUGGCUUCCAGCUGUGCCCCGAGUGCCACCGCAGCAGGCGGGAGGAGAGUGGCGCUGAGGGUCCGGCGCUGCCACCCCCGUGCACCCCCGGGCGGGGCCACCACGUGUCAUCCCUGGUCCCCACACAGUUCGUCCCCACCUGUGUCCUGACCCGGCUCUGGAAGCUCCUGCACGAGGUCAGGGCCAAGUUUGGCAUCGAGUCCCGCUGUCCCUGCGGGGAGGGGGCCGAGGAGCAGAGCCUGGAGGAGCCCCCGGGCAGGCAGGAGCCGCCGGUGCCCACCCUGCCCCCCCGCAGCAGCCACGGCCCCGCAGAGCCCGCCCGGCCCAUCAAGGAAGAGAGCCCCGAGGAGGGGGCGCCGUCCCCGGGGCAGCCCCCGGUGCGGGGGGGGACCGUGCAGAGCGCGACCCUCUGCGACCUCCUGGCCUCCACCGCCGUCAAACUGUGCCUGGGGCAGGACGGGGUGCGCAUGGCCUUCGCUCCCGUGGCACCGGCACUGCCCAGCGACAAUCGCCUGACCAGCAUCCUGGACAGCAUCAUCGCCCGCGUGGUGGAGAGGAAGAUCCAGGAGAGGCAGGCGGGGGUCGAGCUGAGCCCCCCCGGCUCCCCGGAGCCCCCCGUGUCCCCCUGCGUGCUGGCCCCCAGCGGGCUGCUCUGGCUGCACGACCCCGCCCACGGCAGCGCCUACGAACUGUUCCAGGAGCACUGGAGGCACGGCCAGCCCGUGCUGGUGUCAGGGCUGCAGAAGCGGCUGGAGCCGCGGCUGUGGGCGCCCGAAUCCUUCCAGCCCUCGGGGCAGGAGGAGCAGGAGGAGGAGGUGGAGGCCGUGAACCUGCGGGCACCGCGGAGCCGAGUCCGGAUGAGCAGCCGGAGGUUUUGGGAUGGAUUUGCCGCCAGCACAGCAUCCCCCGGGCAGGAGCAGAGCAGCGGGGACCUGCUGAAGCUGGAGCGUGGCUUUGGGGACACGGAGCUGAGCCGCUGUGCCUGCUCAGGAGCAGAACUUUGGGACCAAACCCCUGACGGUGGAAGCGGCCGAUUCCAUCAGUGUCCUGGCACACGCAGCGCGGGCACCGCGGGAGCCGCUCCUGCCCGCCGAGCUGGACGAGCUGGAGGCGCCGCUGCGGGAGCGGCUCGGGGCCGGCGCGGUGCCCGGUGCCCUGUGGCACAUCUUCCGUGCCGAGGAUGCCCCGCGGAUCCGGGAUUUCCUGCGCAAGGACAUGAAGAUUCCAUCUGGAGCAGGGGAAAGGCUGGAGAGGGAAACAUGGAUGCACAGGAAACAGGGAUCAUCCUUGGAGCCACCAUCCGCCUUAUCCUGGACUUUGACUCCGCUUAA